AUGAAGGGGGGCCGAUCGCACCGGCUCCAGACCCACCACCAGUAUGACUCACACGAGGACUGGGUGGAUGGGUCAUGGACCGUAGAUUGUGUGUGUGGUGUAAACUUUGAUGAUGGAGAGGAAAUGGUGAAUUGUGAUGAUUGCGGCGUGUGGGUGCACACGCGCUGUUCGAAGUAUGUUAAGGGUGAAGAAUUGUUUACUUGUGAUAAAUGUAAGAAGAGGAAGAAAAGGGGUAACAGUAGUAAUAAUGAUGAUAGCGAGGAGACUGAGGUGGCACAGUUAUUAGUUGAAUUGCCGACGAAAACAAUUAGGUUAGAGAAUAGUGGGGGUGGUGGAGGGAAUGUGGGUCCGCCGAGGAAAGGGUUGAGGUUGUGGACUGAAAUACCGAUGGAGGAAAGAGUUCAUGUGCAGGGGAUUCCGGGUGGGGAUCCUGCUUUGUUUAGUGGGUAUUCGAAAGUUUUUAGGCCAGAGUUGUGGAAGUGUACUGGAUAUGUUCCGAAGAAAUUUAGUUUUCAGUAUAGGGAGUUUCCUUGCUGGGAUGAGAAGGAGACGAAGGUGGAGAACAUGAGUGAAGAGGAGAAUGAUAAUGAGAAUAUGGUUGAUAAGGGUGCGGGGGUUCUGUUUUCAUUGUCAAAGGAGAGUGCAUUUGGGAUGCCAGUGACAGAUUUGGAUGGCACAAGAGAGAGGGAUGAGGGUGGUGGUUAUGAGGCGAAAGUGUAUUCGAGAGAGAUGAAGAAGUGGCAGAGUGAGGAUGGAGAAGUUAGGGGUGCUAAUUUUGCUGUGAGAAGGGAGAGAAGUGCACUCAGGCCAGUUGUGGUGCAUUCUGGUAAGCGGAGGAAAGAAGAUCUUGGGAUGGCCAAAGAUCGGAGUGUAAAGAAGAGGGCUCGAACUGCAGAGAAGGAGUUGGAGGCAAGGAAGAGGAUUUUUCAUACUUCUAAAACAGCAUUUACAUCCACCAGUGAUGCAAAACCCCUGGAAUUUGCUGAGGACAAAGCUCCGAAGUCCUUCAAGAGUGAACUUCAGACUAUUAAGAACAAGAACUUAAGGGACUCAAGUAUUCAAGAACAGAAAUCAGAUAGUUAUAUAGCAGUAGAAAAUGGUGUUGAGAAGCCCAAGAAUGGCUUAGUAGUGGUUGAGCAGUCCUUAGAAGCAUUAUCACCUGACGUGUCUAGACCUGAUUCUUCAACUGGAGCUGGAUUGAAGGAAGAGAAGUCUAGCCAUGAAGUUCUGGUUGCGGUUAAAAGUUCUCCCAAAGAGUUUAAUGUAGCAGCAUCAGCACCAGAACACAAUGAUUGUGGGAGAAUGCCUGGCAAUAACAUGCUGAGUGGAAAUUUAGAUGAUAAAAUGGAGGGUUCCACUAGAAGAGAUGCACCUGUAGUUGAUGAGCCAGCCAGUGCUUCACCAGAAGUUAAGGGCAGUCAGAUUAAUGCUAACAGUGACGCAAUUCCAAGUUCUGCACAACCUAAUGUUAAAGUAGAAGUGGAUGAUGAUAACUCUAAGGGGUUCUUGAAUCGUCAGUCUUCUCAUGGUGACACAAAAGAUGCAAGGAUAUCUUAUGGUAACAUAUCUGAAAAUCCAAAAAUGAAUGAUGCAGCAUUAGGUGGUUCAUCCAAUGACCAUAAGGUUCAAGAGUUUGACAGAAAUUUGGAAGCAGUUCCUCUUUGUCACAUGGAUAAAGCUAAUGAAUUAUCUGAUAAUCCUCGUCAGCAUAAACGAGAACUGGAAAGAUCUGAAGGAUCAAUGGAGAUGCAACAAUGUCCUCCAGAACCCAAAAAUGGUGCAGAGACUGCUGAAGAACUGUCAAAAUCAGGUGAAACUAUCUCAAGCUCUCAAGCACUACCCAAUCAGCAUAAAAUGGUUGUCUGUGUUGGAAAAUCAUCUUCUACUUCAGCCACCAUGAUAAUAUCCAAAAUUUCUGCAUCUGAAAAUCUUGGAUCUUCAGAUACUUUGAAUUUUAGUUCUAAUACUAAGAAACAAGUUAUGCCUGAUUGCAAUUCUAGCAUUAAGAAAGAUCAAGCUACAAACGAGAUAGUGACAGAAGAAGAAAGGCACGAGAUGUCAAGAAAAAUAGUAACAGAGUGUCCUAAAUCCUCUGUGAAUUCUGCUUCAAAAGUGUUGAGCUCAAGCAAGAUUUCACAUUCAUCUGUUCCCAAGAGAACCAUUUCAGAUUCAAAAGAUUCCAUGCUUUACUCAUCCUCUAAAGCGUCUUUGGCACAGAAUCCUGGUGAUACUGUUGGAUCACUGCAACUUGAGAGUGGUUCACAUGCACAAAAUAAGAUACCAGCAUCAGGUUUACCCCUAAGAGCUGAAAAGUUUAAUCAGUCUAAUGGCCAGUCAUCAUCUAAGACAAGUCAUGCAUUAACAAUGAAUACUUCUGCACCUACCAAUUCUCCUGCGGCUUUAAGCGAUGAAGAGCUUGCUUUGCUUUUACAUCAAGAACUCAAUAGCUCUCCUAGAGUACCUCGCGUUCCACGUGUUCGCCAUGCAGCUGGUUUACCACAUUCAGCUUCUCCAACUGCAACAAGUGUGCUGAUGAAGCGCUCAUCUAGUUCCGGAGCAAAAGAUCAUAGCUUGGCUUCUAGAAGAAAAGGUAAGGAUACAUCAAAAGAUGGGUUUCGCCGUUAUCAGGAGCCUGAUGAUGAGGCUAAAAAGACUGACAGACCAUCUUCUUCUGAUCAGAGGAGACAAGAUACAGGAUAUAAAGUUGACUCAGUGUCGAAGAGAGGGGAUAGUGGAUCUCCGAUAGCUGUACAUUCUGUCAAGAACAACAUCCCUCCUGCCUCCACAUCAACUGCAAACAGUGGCCCGUCUUCCUCUACUGAGGUUAAUGAUCAUCAUUUGUCAUCUAGACGUAAUUCACCAAGGAAUAUUUCUGAUGAGGAGACAGGCACUGUUCGGGCUCCUGUUUAUCGCACUCUACCAGGUUUAAUUAACGAGAUCAUGAGUAAAGGCAGGCGCAUGACAUACGAGGAACUCUGUAAUGCUGUCUUACCGCACUGGCAUAACUUGAGGAAGCAUAAUGGAGAACGCUAUGCAUAUUCAAGUCCUUCUCAGGCUGUUCUUGAUUGCCUGAGGAACCGGCAUGAAUGGGCUCGGUUGGUGGAUCGUGGUCCCAAGACAAAUUCAAGUAGAAAAAGGCGCAAGUUUGAUCCCGACGAAUCAGAAGAUAAUGACUAUGGCAAGGUAAUAACUGCAAAAGGAGGAGAAAGCAAAAGCCUUGAGUCACAAAGAGAAGAGGUUCCCAAGGGCAAGCGCAAAGCUAGGAAACGAAGGCGACUGGCGCUGGAAGGAAGACGUAUAAAGGAUGUCAGGAAACGACGGAAGGCUGAUAUGCUCACUGAUGAUGAUAGUGGUCUAUUUUCUAAUUCAAGUAAUGAGACUUUGUUUAGUGAGGACGAGAGUCAAGACAGUGGAGCAGGUGCGGCUGGAAGUGAGGCCACAGCUAGCUCAGACGAUACAGAAACCUCAUAA